AUGGAUGAUUUUAUGGCCAUGAUCCGGUAUUUCAGCGAUUUUCAACUUGCCAUUCUUUGCUUAUCAAAUGAAAACAUUUUGAGGAUUUCAAGAGCGUUUCAAAAACAUCUCAAAACUUUCAUGGUUCAAUUGAAAGCAGAGAAGUUCAUUGACUUCCAUGACAUGGAAACGGAGAAAUUCAUUGCUAAUAACUGA